CACCACACACACACACACACACACACACACACACACACACACGGCUGUUAGCUAGCUACUCGCGUCGUCUUCACGGCCAAGUUAGCGAACUGUUCGGCUAGGAGUGUGUUAGCCUGAUGGACCGCACGUCCCGGUCCCGGUCCCGGUCCCGGCCCCGGCCCCGGCCCCGGCCCCGGCCCCGGCCCCGGCCCCGGCACGUCUCCUGUGCCGUCGUCGGACGGGAGCUUCGACGGGCACUGUGCUGUCAACGGCGCUGUUAGCACGCGUGCUACUCGCGGUUAGCCGCUACGGCUAAUGUACCUGGCACAGCUGAAGCGAAGGGCCCGCCGCUGUCCGCCCUGUUUAUGGUAGAGGGUUGACAUUUGAGACAGGGGCGAGUAGGAUAAACAACACAAGCAGUUCUUCCGGUAUGAACGCAGCCGCGCCGGUAGACGUCUACGUCCAGCCGGCACACGAGCUCCGUAAUCAUCUUCUGACACCUGAUGAUGCCUCUCACUGUCUCGCCCGGUAUGAGGCGUCACAGCUGGUGCGUGGUGUCGUUCUCAUCUCCCCCUGGGAAUAGUCGAAAUCAAUGGGCGCGCAUUGAACGAGGGAGUGGUGCCUCAUCCACCAGGGGGUUGGAUCGGGAGCACCUGGACUUGUUCGCUCCUGGAUUCAACACCCUCUCGUGGAUACCUAGGACCUGGAUGAAUGGGAAUCUCCACAGACAAGAAAUACUACUUGAUUGCCAUGUGUCGAGAUACCUUCUCGUGUAGUUAAGUUAAGUACAGUCCCCGCUGACCUCUAUCUGGGUCAUAACAACACACACUGGUGUUCAGCUGCCCAGAUAGUGACACUGUGUUUUGAAUGUGACUAAGGGCGUUCACGAUGACGUACACGAGGCCAGGCUGCCACUUCGAUUUUAAAUUUUUUUGUUAUCUUUAGUAAAAGAAGAAAAAUCCGGAUGCCACGUUGCCGUGGAAACAUGCAAGUGGUUGCAAUGCUGUUGUGUUACUUAUACACAUAGGCGUGCGUAAUUUGAGUGGGUGGAUCAAUGUUAUCAGUCAGCAUCCGGCACUGUUUCUCAUCAGCAUUUUGAAAUUCAUGUGGCAUAGGGUCUAAUUAGUCAGGCAUCAUUCAUAAUAGUUCUACUGUCCAGUGUAGAAAAGUACAUAUACAGUACAUUCAAAUUCUGGCAUUUAAUGUGUUUUUUGAAUGUACUAACGAUCCACUUGAAAAGCAGUCACGGUAAAUAUUCAGGGAUUUCACUAGAUUGAUAAGGAAAUGAUGAUUAUAAAACUAUGUGGAAGGACAAUAGAUUUAGUUUUUAUCCAUGCUCUUCACAGACUCCAGGAUGCAUCAGAGAAAAUAUUUCUUCAUGAGCUACACAAAAUUUUAUAUAUCAACCUACUUAAGGUUCAAAAGAUUUUCUUAAUAAUCUAGAUUAAGGCCAUCAUUACGAUCCCCUACACUAGUUUGUUCAUUUUGACCACAACAAUGGACAUGUCUAAAACAUAUACCCCAUUGCUUUGCACAGUGUUGUUUCCAUAACUGUAAAUAUUAACUGUAUGUUGUACAAAUAAAUAGCUGUUGGCCAUUUCAGAACCUGACCCAUCCUUUCAUACAGGAGAGAUCCUUUUAGUUUUACUAGUAGAUAAUGUUCUAAAAUAGUGUGUGUGUGUGUGUGUGUGUGUGUGUGUGCGUGUGUGCGCGCGCGUGCCUCACUAGUGACAGCCUGUUGCCGCAGCUCUCGCUCACUUUGAGCUCUUUCUUUCUUUCCUUUCUAUUACUUAAAAAAAGACACCAUUUUGACUUGCUGCUGCAACACAACAUAUUUCCCCACAGUGGGACUAAUAAAAGGUUAUUUUAUCUUCAUUUUCAGAAAGUUAUCAUUAUUUUUAGACAAGAAGUAGUAAAUUCAUGCUCAGGAGCAGUAUUGUGUCAUUGGUUUGUGCAUGUGAGACAGAUAGCCCCUGGUUACAGGGAGACAAAGUUUACAUCACAUGGCCCUGAGUAAUAUUACUCACUAUUUGCAUUCAUACCUCUAAAAGUCACCACAAUACAGAGUCAGCAUUAUGAUAACCAGGGAACUGUUGUCACUGUCAGACAUUUUGAAUAAUAUCAUCUAAUAAGCAGUUCAUACCUUUCGGCAGAUAAGAACUCUCUCUGUGAUGCAUUCAAUGUGUCAAAAAACAGAAACAAGCUGUAAAUGCAACACUGACAUAUCAUCUGCCUUAUAGGCGAUAUGAGCAAACAACCUUAUCAUUCAUUUGGAGUCAUGUUUCUGGACGCCUGAUAAAUGUACUCACAUGAAGUCCAUCCAUCCAGUGUUCUGAACGAUGCAGUCUGAAGCAUCUGGUUUCACCAUGCUGUUGCUGUACGCAGUAGCUGUUACUGAGCAACAAUGGUUCUGUGCAAAAGUCAGAUUGUAGUUAUUUAAUAGUUGCAACCAGAGUUUGUCUGAACUAUGUGAAUCCCUAAUCUGCUGGCAAACGAACGGCAUUUGCUGACUUUGAGAACAAAUGUAUUGGCUCACAACCUGGUUCAGCUGUCUUUCUCAGCUGUGGACAUUUGGAAGACGUUCUUUUUGGGAAUGUUUAAUCUUGGCAGUAGUGGGGUGGAGGCGUAUUACCCACUUAUUUUUCAAGCCAACUUUUGCUUGCCAACCUAACUCUGUCUCUGAUUGGCUAGUACUCGCUGCCUUUGUUGUCAGGUUGGUGAGUCGAGGAGUGCUGAUUGGUUGGAGUUACUAUAAGAAUAUCAGAGUUCGUCAAUCAGAGGCAGAGUAGGGAAGUCAUGCCAACGUUUGCCUUCUUGGGGAAAAAAAAAAAUCGCCUGAACUCUUGCGACUUAAUAAUACCCUAAUGCAGCAAAAUAUGGCCUUAAUUAAAUUCAUACAUGAAGCAAACUACACAAACAAAGAACUCGUUUCAGCGGAAACCGCCGUGUGUUGCCACAUCGGUGUCGCUAGCUAGCAGCUCUGGUAGCCAUGACAGUUCAGCUGCCGCGCCGGUGCGCUCUCCGUCCCCCACCACCCCCCGUCCGAGAGGAUGCCGCCGGGCACAGAGAUGCUGCCUCCUGGACUACAACAACUUCAGGGGAAGACAUCAACAACAAGCCUCCUGCACUGUGAAGGUGUUAACAACCAGAGCUACAUCUGUGAGUCCGGUCACUGCUGCGGAGAGUCUCAGUGCUGCAGCUACUACUAUGAGCUCUGGUGGUUUUGGUUGGUGUGGGCAAUCAUCUUCAUUCUGAGCUGCUGCUGUGUGUGCCACCACCGCCGCACCAAACACCGGCUGCAGCAGCAGCAACGGCAGCACGAGAUCAACCUCAUCGCUUACCGCGAAGCACACAACUACCCUUCUGUGCCCUUCUACUUCAGGUUUCUGCCAAACUACCUCCUGCCGGACUAUGAGGAGGUGGUCAAUCGACCACCGACUCCUCCCCCUCCCUACAGUGCCUUACACACAGGCCCAUCCUCAGUGGCUUCUAGUCCACUGGACUCUGAGCAGCCGGAGAGACAAUGUCCAACCACCCAGCCCACUCCAGUACCCCAAGUUUCUGAAAGUCUUUGUUGCAGACCCGGCAUAGAGGAGCCACAACCUCCCACUUUAGACUUAAGGCCAAAGCCUGAGAGCAAACCCACGCAGACGGCACAAGAUUCAGGCAUGAUACUCGUGUCAGAUGGGCUCACCAGGGAGGGACUCACCAGCCAUGAGAAAAGAAGCGAAAGUGGGGAAGACUCCUGCAAGGACCCCCUGCUGAAGGACCUGUCAGAGGGUUGCGCUGAGGACAAAGAUCGACUCCCCAAUGGAAGGAGGAGGCGAUUCACGGGAGACUCUGGGAUUGAGGUGUGCGUGUGCGGCACACGUGGGAGCAGCAGUUGUAGUGGAGUAGGAGGGACGGGCCAGGAAGGCAAAGAGUUGAGGGAGCUAGAGAGCCUGCUGCGACGCGAGGGAGAUGACGGAGAGGAGGUGGAGGAGGAGGCGGGCGACUUCUGCGACAGCUGCGGUCACCGGGCCUCAUUCAUUGCGGAGGAGGAGCCAGCGCUGGGCGGGCCGGAGAGGCGGGCGGCACGUGCGCCUUCCGGAUCUCCUCAGCCGGCUCACCAGAUGGGCAGCAGCCCACUACACCCUCCGGUGUGCCUUCUCCUUCACACCAUCAAUGAGCAGGAGGGGCCGCACCACAGCACCAGCAGUGAGCCGCAGGGCUGAAACACACCUUUGUCACCGAGGGAAGGAGAGAGCACUUAGGACGGGAUAUGGAGGCAUAUGCCUUUGUAUUUUGAGCAAGUGAUUUUUUUUGUCUCAAAUGCUUUCUAAGUGUGUAUUUUUUGUGCAGGGUGUGGGAGCAGGUAGUGGAAUCUCAGCUCAAAGUGAGUGAGAUCCAAAGGUUGAGAAAUCCUGCUCCUCCCCACACUGGAACCGUGGCCUUAACCUGUGUACAUUGGGUUAGUUAGGGCAGCAAAAGCCCUCUAACACCCUGUGGCGAUUGAGACUUCGCACACUGCUCACACACACACACACACACACACACACACACACACACACACACACACUGCUCACACACACACACACACUGCUCACACACAGUCCGUCAGAUGUCCCUCUCGUACAUUGGAAUCUACGGACAUCGUCAAAGACGUGAUAAUUGAAGCUGUGAUGUCAGAACAGGACGUUCACUGCCUAGGAUGAACUCAGCUCUCCUCACUGGGUGCUUGUAACAAUUCUGCAAAGCCGUUCUUUACGUAAUAAAAAAAAGCACACACAGCAGGAACCUUUUGAAUGAGUGCAAUGUGGAAAUACCACAGCGAGUGUUUUUAAUGCAAGUUGAUACUGUACAGGGACACCUGAACAAGACUGUGUGGGACGUCCCGUCAUGCUUCUCAAGUGCUUUUUCAGCGAUUUAAAAACUGGUCUGCCUUGUGCACAUUUUUUGUCGUUCCUCAUCUGCCCUGCUUGCGGUAGAGGAGUAUAAGUGCAUUAACAGAUCUUUUUCUGAGCAGUUCCUUUUUUGCACAGAAUGUAUUUAUCUUUAUAAAUGAAGCUUUUAGCUAAAGAAAAUCAUAACAAAACGUUUUUUUCUCUCCAUGAAUUCAUUCUUAAAGGACCUAUAUGAAAGUUUUGCUCUUGCUUCAUAGCCAACAGUAGCAUUAGCAGCUGUUUACUUCCCAGUCGAAGGAAAUGUGAGUUCAGCAUCAAACUUCAUUCCCCGACUCACCAAGAGCUGCCUCCAGUGGCGGAGAGCGACGCCCAUGACUCUUGUUUUGCUUCCAUUUCUAUCACUUCUUUGCUUGUACUGAAGUCGGCAUGCUAGCCAUCCCAUCCCAUCUCUUUCCAGAGGCAAGUCACUGUAGCGUCCAGUCUGGCCUGAAGAAGUAGCGCUGCUCAGAGAGAGUAUUCCCACCAUUUUUUUCCCUUGCAAACGCAAAAAUGGCUAAAGCUCUUGGCAUGAAACAAUGUUCACCAACAGACAAAAACUUACAUACAGCCCCUUUAAAGGCAGUACAUAAUUAGUUUCUUAGAGUUUUAUACCGUCACAUAUGUAAGAAAUUGACUUCAGUGCAUUGAUAGUAGGGAGUGCAACAGAUUCACUUUGUAUACAAUCAUAUCUUGAACUUAAUUUAAUGAAUGUCUCUAGUAUGUGCCUACCCCCCCCCCCCCCCCCCCCCAAAAAAAAAUGCAGAAUGUUGAUGAACAAUGAUAAACUUCAGUGUAACUUAGAGAUUAUCAGAUAUCAGGUACUAAAACCAAGAAUAGAAUGUGAAGCUGAAGAGAUUAUAACUGAGAUGGGCAACAUCAGACCUCAAACUUUUAUGUCAGUCACUUCAUGGAAUACCAACUUCACCAGCUAUAUAAAAAAAACAAAGAUUUUAAUUUCAGAUCCUUUAUGUUGGAUUAGCGAUUUCUACCAUCCUUCACUCUUCUUUCUUUUAUUUAUAUGUAACGACUUCCUUAAAGGCCCUUUAAAGAAGAAAUCAGUUGACUGAUUUUUACCAAUGCGUGAUCGAUCUUGCCUGGCUUUUAUAAUAUCAAGCAUUUAACCCCACAGAGCAAUUUUAGAACAAAAUGUCUUUAAACUGCAGUCUGACCAGUGGAAAACAACAAACUCAUGAAAAGUACUUUACAUAUAUAUAUAUAAAAAAGAACCAUAUAAGAUAAUAAAUUACUAGUCUAAUAGUCUUCCUUGUUUUAUUCUCAGUUUCUGAAUAUCUUUUUAAAAAAGCAUGUUUUUUAUGAUUGACAAACAUGUUUUUGAACAGGAAGCAUUUAACAAUACAAGUAAAAAAGCAAUAUUUAUAACUCUGUCACAGAUAUAAAGUAAAUACAACUUGGAAAAAGCAUUAAAGUGAUCAAAGUUAUCAGUUCCACUGAUGCAUCUUCGCUGAACAUUCAUUUACUUGUUUUUGUCCCACUCAAAUUAAUUUACAUGCUGUUGUGUCGUAGAAAUUCAUUUUUUCAAACUUUCCUCAGAGCAACCCCCUUAAAAAUUGCAAACAUUACUAUGACUGCAAAGCACAAAUGUUUUAGUCCACGGUCUCUCAGAUUUAUACUAAAUGAACCACGAACCAAUCUACCAGAUGGUGUCUCCCAAAAUGUCUAGCACAAGAUAAAACUGUAAUAUGAACUCUGUAUUCUAGUAAGAUGACUGAAUUUUACUCAUCAAAGCCUGAACACACUUUUAAGUGCUUUAUAUGUGAAUUCUUUUGUGAAAUAGAAAAUGCAAUUGUGGUACGUGUAGUACAAAGAUGAGCUAUUUUUCCUAUUGGCAAAAUCCUUUAAAAAGUAUUCUAACUGUAUAAAAUGUCAAAACCACUUUAUAUUUGCAAAUUGAAUACUAUAUUCUGUAACAUGUUUGUGAACCAAAUAGUUGCUUUCAUCAUUUUUUUAAAAAUCAGUAGCUUUAUUGUUAUGGACGGACUUUCUUUUGUCGUUAUGGGUAUUAUUAUUAUUUCUAUUAUUAUUAUUAUUAUUAUUAUUCUGUUGAGAAAAAAAUUAAGUUCUUAUCCUGAAGAUGUGUGAAGGGUACUUUUGACUAACAAUACACUAGUUACUUUGUUAACAAGAUCAGGGGCAUCUCGCCAAAGACUCUUUUUUUCUUUCAUCACCAGUGUGUGUUAGGUGGUUUUGCACAUGUUAUUUGAAUGUUCUGAUCAUAAGCCAUUUAUUACGAGUACCCAGACGGACAUAUGUUUAAUAAAUAUUCUGUUAAAGUCAAGCUGA